AUAAUUCGACGAUUUUUCGUGAAGAUCCAUUAUUAUCAAGAUGCGUUUUACAUUAUUUUGUGUAUUGUGGACAUUUUGCAAUGCUUUGCCAUCUCCAGAUAUGACGGAAAAUUUAGAACAAGUACACAAAUCGCACGCGGAUUGUGGCAAAGAAUCCGGCUUAACACAAAGGAAAUAUUUAGAAGAUUUGUAUGCGGGAUCUACCGAACAACCAAUAAAAGUUCAUUCGGUAUGUAUGUUGAAAAAAACAGGAUUAUUUGGUGAAGACAAAAAAUUUAGCGGUAGAAAUUAUGCUAAACCAUUCUUUGGAUUAUUUUUCUCUGACGAUGAAGUCGAAGAUAUAAUAAAUACAUGUUUAACCAGUGAUGAACUUAACGAAACUAACGCUUCACAAAUAGUCAAAUGUAUAGCGUUGCAUUUCGAAAAAAUUGAUGAGUAUUGAACUAAGACGAAAUAAUAAACAGAGAAGAUGAGAAUAUAUAAUUAGUAAAAAUACUACUUGCGCAAUAGAUAUUAGAAAGUAGAAAAUUCUAAUUGUAAUCUGUUAAAUAAAAGAUAUAUUUCGUGUUUUUUUUCAAUAAAUA